AAAAAUACACUUUCUAUGUCGGAUUCUGCAUUGUAUCAGACUGCACGUGUAUCCCCUAUUUCUUUGACUUAUUAUGGAAUGUGUCUGGAAAAUGGAGACUACACGGUAUUGCUGCAUUUUGCAGAGAUCAUGUUCACUGAUGAUAACACAUAUCGCAGUCUGGGAAGACGAAUAUUUGAUGUUUAUAUUCAGGGAAAGCUAGAAUUGAAGGAUUUCAAUAUUGCAAAUGAAGCAGGAGGAGUUGGAAAGAAUUUAAAAAGAAAAUUUUCAACCACUGUUAGUAAUAAGUCUUUAGAGAUUCGUUUUUACUGGGCUGGAAAGGGAACAACUGCUAUCCCAGAAAAAUCAGUAUAUGGACCUCUUAUAUCAGCUAUAUCUGUGACUCGUGAUUCAGGUGGCAUGGCUAUAGCGGUUAUAAUUGGGAUAGCAAUUUCUGCAAUAGUAUUUGUCAUCCUUGUUGUAUUUGGCUGGAGACUUCAUAUUCGGAAAAGAAAUUCAUUGGCAAAAGAGUUAAAGCAUUUAAAUUUGCAAGUGGGUUUGUUUACUAUGCGUCAAAUCAAAGUUGCAACAAAUAACUUUGAUAUUGCUAACAAGAUUGGAGAAGGAGGCUUUGGUCCGGUCUACAAGGGUACUUUAUCGGAUGACACAAUAAUUGCAGUUAAGAUGCUUUCAUCAAAGUCUAAGCAAGGGAACCGUGAGUUUAUAAAUGAAAUAGGGUUGAUUUCAGCUUUGCAACACCCUUGUCUUGUUAAACUUUACGGUUGUUGUGUUGAGGGAGAUCAAUUGUUGUUGGUAUACGAAUAUCUGGAAAACAAUAGCCUUGCACGCGCUUUAUUUAGACAAGAAGAAUCCAGUUUGCAAUUGGAUUGGCCAACCAGGUAUAAGAUUUGUGUUGGUAUUGCUAGAGGCUUGGCUUUCCUACAUGAAGAAUCAAGAUUAAAAGUUGUUCAUAGAGACAUAAAGGCUACUAAUGUGUUGUUAGACAAAGACUUGAAUCCAAAAAUAUCUGAUUUUGAAAUUUGGUAUGAUUAUGGAUUUCAAUUAUGCAGUGGGUAUAUGGCUCCAGAAUAUGCCAUGCAUGGUUAUUUAACUGAUAAAGCAGAUGUUUAUAGUUUUGGAGUGGUUGCCUUGGAAAUUGUAACUGGAAAGAGUAAUACCAUCUCUCGACCCAAGCAAGAAGCAUUAAAUCUUUUAGAUUGGGCAAAUUUAUUGAAAGAGAAAGGGAAUCUGAUGGAGCUUGUUGACAGAAGGUUAGGUUCAAAUUUCGAUGAAAAAGAGGUUAUGAUGAUGAUAAGAGUGGGUCUUUUGUGCACAAAUGCCACUUCAAAUCUUAGGCCUACCAUGUCAUCAGUUCUUAGCAUGCUUGAAGGAAAAAUUGUGAUUCCAGAAUUUAUUUCAGAUCCAUCUGAAAUAAUGGAUGAAAAGAAGCUAGAGUCUAUGAGACAAUAUUAUUCUCAAAUGGAAGAAAAUGAGAGCAAUGAAACACAUACAUAUCAUAGUUCAUCAAAAGAUGGGCCAUGGACUGCUUCAUCGUCAUCAGCUGUACACCUAUAUCCUCUCCAUAUUGAUUCUUCUUAUUGGGAGAAAAGAAAUUAG